ACCGCGGACGUCACCGAGCGGCGCCGAGGCGGCGCGCGGGUUGAGUGGGAGGCGGGAGUGAUCGGUUCGGCGGCUCGCGGCGCUGGGGCUCCGACCCGAACCCAGGCGGGGACGGAGGCCGGAGCCCACACCUGGGAGGCGGAAAGGGCGGGAUUCCCUCAGGGGAGGGACUCGGCCGGGUAGGAGGCGGGACUUCCCCCCGCCGGGCUGCGCUUUCCGCGUGUCCGGCUUUGCGCUCCGGCCCUGCGCCUCCAGGUGUUUUUCUCCGCGUCCGCGGCCCGGCGCGGCUUGCGCGCACAGCUGGGUUUUUCCCUGCACCCCGCCCCGGUGGAACGAGGCCGAUCGGGGCGCGGCGUUGCCCCCAGGCCGUGACACCGACGUGGGGGGUCCUCCGCAGCUGUCCUGAUCGGGGCAGAGGGGACGCCCUGCCCCGGCCUCCCCACACCGAGGCGAACCACCUGACCCGCGACGCCAGCUCGCGGCAGGAAGGAUGACCACGCUUACGCGACAGGACCUCAACUUUGGCCAAGUGGUGGCCGACGUGCUCUGCGAGUUCCUGGAGGUGGCCGUGCACCUGAUCCUGUACGUGCGCGAGGUCUACCCGGUGGGCAUCUUCCAAAAGCGCAAGAAGUACAACGUACCGGUGCAGAUGUCCUGCCAUCCGGAGCUGAAUCAGUACAUCCAGGACACGCUGCACUGUGUCAAGCCACUCCUGGAGAAGAACGAUGUGGAAAAAGUGGUGGUGGUGAUUUUGGAUAAAGAGCAUCGACCCGUGGAGAAGUUCGUCUUUGAGAUCACUCAGCCUCCCUUGCUGUCUAUCAGCUCUGACUCUUUGCUGUCCCAUGUGGAGCAGCUGCUCCGAGCCUUCAUCCUGAAGAUCAGUGUGUGUGAUGCCGUCCUGGACCACAAUCCACCAGGCUGCACUUUCACCGUCCUGGUGCACACGAGAGAAGCUGCCACUCGAAACAUGGAGAAGAUCCAGGUCAUCAAGGACUUCCCUUGGAUCCUAGCAGACGAGCAGGACGUCCACAUGCAUGACCCCCGGCUGAUACCCCUGAAAACCAUGACGUCGGACAUUUUAAAGAUGCAGCUCUAUGUUGAAGAGCGAGCUCAUAAAAGCAGCUGAGGAUGAGCCUGCACCCACCGAUGAUGCCACGACUGUCUGACCAGGGACCCGGCUGCGGACAGCGCCGCGGGCCCCACCUCCAAGUGCUCUUCCUGCUCCUCACAGGCGCCUGCCCGCCAUCUGGGGCUGCUUAGGUCUGCCUGGCUUCGUGGAGGAGGCGUCCCCAGGAAGGCAGUGAGAGACGCUGGGACCUCAAUUUCUCAUCUCUUGGGGCUCAGCCGGCUAACACUGUCUGUCUCAAAUACUGUGAGUUGUUUCAAUAAAGUGCCCCAAGGGCUGGCUGGGGUGUCCCUCUCCAGAAUGAAAGGGACAGGUGCAGCCGGGUGAA